AUGGCUUCUCAAGCUUUCAAAACACUUCAUCUAUACACCACACCUCUCUCCGGCUGUAGCGCGCGAAUUCGGAUUGCCUCGUAUCUCAAAGGGAUUACCUUGACUCAUCAUAGCAUAUCUAUCGCCGAAGCUCAAAACCGUAGACCAGACUAUCUUGCCAUAAAUCCUAAUGGAAGUCUUCCGUCUCUAGUUGUUGAGGCCUCUGAUAACUUCUCAUCACCUGAAAAACUUGCGAUCACUCAGUCCCCAGCCAUUCUCGAUUUCCUGGAAACCAAUUUUCCUUCUCCGCCUCUCCUACCACCAACGUCGCAAGUGGCACAACGAGCAAGGGUACUAGAACUCACAAGUCUGGUAGCAUGUGAUAUUCAACCGCCGCAGAACUCUCGUAUCCGGCAGAAGAUCAUUGAUGACUUCAGAGGCGAUGGCGAGAAGUGGGCUAAAUAUGUAUAUGAGCGUGGCUUUGGUGUAUAUGAGGAGUUUCUCAGCAGAGGUGAAAAAGGAAGAUAUAGCGUUGGUAAUGAGCCUACGUUUGCGGAUGUGUUUCUGAUUCCGGCCGUUCAGGGCGGUUUGCGAGUUGGUGUUGAGUUGGGGAAAUGGCCAUUGAUGAAAAAUGUUGUUGAUGCGUGUUGGGAGCUGGAGGCAUUCCGAAAAGGUGGCUUAGGCGAGCAUGGAAGGUUGACUCCUUGA